AUUAACGUAAGCUCAAUUUCUUUGAGACCUGGAAGCGUUGCCGUAAUAAGAAAAAUUCAUUCUCGAACCAAAUAAAAAAUUAAAAACCCACCCCUCUCAAACGAAAAACCUUAAAAAGGAAACGAAAAGAAAAAAUAAAUUCUUAAAUAUUGAAGUAUGUCAGGAGAAGAGGAAGAGAAUGCGGCCGAGCUCAAAAUCGGAGAUGAUUUUUUGAAAGCCAAGUGCUUAAUGAAUUGUGAAGUUGCUUUAAUUCUUGAGCAUAAGUAUGAGCAGCUUCAACAGAUGUCUGAUGAUCCUAUGAAUCAAGUAUCCCAAGUAUUUGAGAAAUCACUGCAGUAUGUGAAACGCUUUAGUCGCUAUAAAAAUCCCGAUGCUGUCAGACAAGUUCGAGAAAUUCUUAGCCGAUACCAAUUGGCUGAAUUUGAGCUUUGUGUUCUUGGCAACCUUUGCCCGGAAACAGUCGAGGAAGCUAUUGCCAUGGUACCUUCUAUCAAGACCAAAGGCCGAGCUCACGAUGAUGAAGCAAUUGAGAAAAUGUUGAAUGACCUGUCAUUGAUCAAGAAAUUCGAAUAGGGGCUACUAUAUCCCCUUCCUUUUCAAUCUGGAUGGUUGUCAUCUGAAUGUUAAAGGCUUUUUUGCUUCUACAAGAAUGAGAGUGGUUUAAGCUGUUGAUGGCUAUCAGUAUCGUUCUAAAUUUCAUCUGAGCCAAAUGGUUUAUACAUCAGUCCUUAUGGCCAUGUACUGUGAUACUGCUCUCACGUGACAUUUGGUAAUACUUGCACUUGAUAUCAACUGCCUAUUCGAAUGUUACAGUUCAGUCUUUGUUUUGACCCGUUUAUAAAUAGCUAUAUGAUUUAAGACAAA